AAACACGGCAUGAUUUGAUAAUGCAGUCUACUGCUAAAGUCGUGUAAUUAUCUUCACCAUGGUGCAACAGUGUUCAGUACAAUUUCUGAAAUCUUUAAUUGCAUGGGUUACUGAUAAAGCAAUGAUAUGUAAAAUUAAAUUGUCACAUGUCAUUACCUUGCUUUGUUAAUGAUAACACUUAUCAACCUUUAAAGUACAAGGCAGCAUUGGAAUAACUAUUGAAAUCUCUUAUGUAAAAGCAAAACUUUAGUCAGGGCAGCACUAGACUGUAGGAGGACCCCGUCAGUUAAAUACAUAUCUGAUGAUAAUAGUGACAUUAGGUAAAACAAUACUUGACUACUAGGCCUUUACAAAAGUUUCUAAAAAGAAAUGACAAAUAUCAAACUUAUACAGCGUCUUAAUUGUGCUUCUCUCUGUUUCAUAUCAUUGUAAACAAUACACUGUAACUUAGGUAAAUCUGAAAAAAAAAGAAAUCUGAAGACAGAAUGUGUAACGGGCACUUGUUAUUUUUUGACAUCUUUCAACAAUUAAUAAUGACUUGAAUUGAAAACAAGACUAAGUAUAUAGCUAUAUUUGCAGAUCUGUGAGGCUGUAUAUAAGUAUGGUUCUUUGAGCAAAAUGCUAUCAUCAGCUGUGUAAAUGCUAACAAAAAGUUAUUUACUAAUUAAUUAUUAACUAACUAAGUAUAGCUGAGGUUGAUGGGAAUGACAUUAGUUUUACAGGAAAAAUUUCUAUCCACUGAUUGCGAUAGAGGAAAAGUCAAAGGCUCUCCAAAGUGAUUACAAUUCAACCUGAGGGGGACAUAAAUGUACGUACCAAAUUUCAUGGCAAUUCAUCCGAUAGUUAAACACAAGUGCAAAUGAGUGAGGAAUGGAUUAAACAUUGUCUUUAUCUGCUCUAACAUAAGCUGCAAACAUUAGCAUGUCCAGCUAACUAGCUUACUACCUACAGUACCUCCAGCAAAACUUGUGUUAGAUACCUUUGCAUUUUCCAAACUCAAGGGGUUAAAUUGGGAUUUGUUGGGACGUUUGCAAGGUCCGCUGCACUGAGAUAACUUCUGUUGUGAAUUGGCGCUGGUGAGAAUGCUAAUGUUAUGUCUGGGACAUGUAUCUUCUUAUCUACACUUAUAAAAUCUGCUAGUGAGAGUCAUCAUUUUAGCCGACAAAAUCCACGGUUGUCAGCUAGAAAUUAGAAGCCUGCUUUUGUUUACUUCUGUGUGGAAUCGAAGACAUAGUGUUUCAAAAAUUACUUCAAAUUUCAAUAUUAAAUCUGCCACCGUUGUCACUAUAAACAGCAUAUGUGCAGUGCGAGACUGAGCUUGGUUAAUUCAACGCUGAGUUAUGAUCAGGAAGGUUAGUAUAUGGUUGAGGUUGGAAAAUCUACUUUAAAUCAACAUUUCUACAGCAGUCACAGUUUAAAUGUUGAAAAAAUGCCAUUGAAUCAACAUUGUACUUGGGCCAUGUUUUUAACAUUAAAAAUACUAACAUUUAAUCAAUAUGUGUCAAUGUGCCUACUUUCCAACCAAAAUAUUUUAAAUAAGGACUGGGGAACAAUUUUAAGAGGGUGUGGGACACGUUUGUUUUAAAAACAGCACUUACUCACUUCACAUCUUCAAUUUCUUUGGUUUUAAAUGACAAAGAAAACUAAAUAAUUUAUAUGUAAUGAGGAAAACAUCUUAAUGUCGUUUUUGGAGGGAAAUGGCAAAGAGGAGUGAGAUCCAAACCCUCCCCAAGAAAAAAAGGCAAUUUUCAACUGCUCCAACUGCCCAGUGUUUUCAUCAUUUCACACCAGCUUGUGGAGAAGGAGGACCAUGGCCGGGACGCCAAAGGCCGAAGCCAACACCCACACACAGAUAUUCACCACCUGAAGACAAGAUAACAUGAUGCAAUUACAUCACUGUUCAAAUGCACAUCAGUGAGCGAUCGCACCACUUACAGCAGGCUCAGUUAUAACUUGAUGUGAGAUGUGAGAUGAGAAAGCCAUGACGGUGAGUCGGCAUACACAAUUCCAGGACCCUCUAACGCCUUUAUCUAGCCUUCAACCGGCUCCCAUCUGUUUCUCAGCCAGCUGCUCUCCAGCCUGUAUCCUUGUCUGCUAGCAACCAACCUCCUUCCUGGCCCUCAGUCUACUAGCCACCAGCAUGCUAGCCUCCAGUCUGCUUCCCAGCCAGCUGGCUCCCAGAAUGCUAGCCUCUAGCCUUCAUCCCUACCUGCUAACCUCCAGCCAGCUAGCCUCUGACUCCUGCUCCUGGCUCUGUCGGUGGACCAGCCAACUCCUGCUCCUGGUAUCCAGUUGGCAGCCUGGCCGACAACAGUUUCUGCAGUCCCCAGGCCCAGUUGGGCCGCAGCCAUGUUCUGUCUUGGUUGGGCUGCAGCCACAUCCUGUCUCGUUUGGGCCGCAGCUACAUCCUCUCCUGGCUGGGCCGCAUCCACUUCCUGAUCCUGCUGGGCUGCAGCCACCUCCCGAUCCUGCUGGGCUGCAGCAAUACUGUGAUCUUGCUGAACCUCUGCAGUCUCCUGUUUCCAAGCUGCAGUUGUCUUCUGUUCCGGUGCUGAAGCAACCCAUAGAGCCCAAGUGGUGGCAGUCUUCUGUUCCUGCUGAGCUGCAGCAGUCACCAGUUCCUGAGCUGCAGCAGCCUCCUGAUCCACCUGAGCUGCAGCAAUCUCCUGUUUCUGAGCUGAAGCAGUCUCCUGAUCCUCCUGAGCUGCAGCAGUCUUCUGAACCUCCUGAGCUGCGGCAAGGUCCUGUUCCUGAGCUGAAGCAGUCUCCUGAUCCUCCUGAGCUGCAGCAAUGUCCUGAUCCUGCUAAGUUUCUGCCUGCUCCCUAACAGAUUUGUUUUCUUGAGUUUGGACUGACUUUCCUGGUUUUGAUCAUUGCCUGCCUGACCAUCCAUGUAAGCCUUUAUCCCUCAACUUUAUCCCUAACUUUACCAAGCUCUGCCUCUGUGUCUGCAAUUGGGUCCUAUUUGUUUUUCAUUUUCAAACUUGUAGUCUUCAGACCCAACCGAGGCUGACUCGAGUGACAUCACUUGAGGUAAUUUAUCAGAUUUUGCACAGCUUCCUUUGGAGCCACAAAAGGCUUUAUACAACUUCUUCCACUUAUGCAGUAGUACUCCCAAAGACCUGUGAACAGAUUUUGAUGUGUAAAAACGGUGGAGUUCCUCUUUGAAGUAAAGUAUCUUUAUUUUUUUACACAACACAAAUCUGAAAGAAUCACUGUGAUUAGGAGAAUUGGACGGAAAAACUCAUUCAGCGUUUGGAAAGGCAUGUUUCUUAAGAUGUCAUCACAGGACAGAAUGUUUACUUGUCAAUGUCGGAUGACGAAAUUUCUGAAAUGGCUUAUACUUUGUUUUCUCAUACUAUCAUAUGCAGAGGUGUCCACACAAAGUAUAGCACAUGCCAAUAUAAAUAGACGCCGAACUUGUAACACAGUGCGACACCAGUUUUGCAGUCUUUAUUUACCACAAAUGCAAUUACUGCACAGCUGUUUAAAAUGUCAAAACAGCUGUGCAGUUGUUGCACCAGACAAUUGGAGUUAUCUGGUUAUGUAAACUCAUGCUUUAUUUCCAGUCUGCUUUCCUGUGAAGUCUUAAUGAAGACUGGAAAAACAUUAAAUAUGAUAAAAAUAAAGAACAUGAAACAAA